AUAGCGGAGUGGAUAACAGCUCUGUUCCUCAGGCUGCAGUUAGAAUGGAGUGGAGCGGGACGUAGUGCUGCAGGGUAUGGAUUUACACAAAGUGCUGCUGGUUGUGCUGAGCAUGGUGGGCUCGGACCUGUCCUGUGUUUGGUCCAAACCGCUGGACUUCAUUUGUGACCCCGAGGCCAGAAAGGUCAUGAACAAGGUCACAGAGCUGGAACAGGACUUGGUGGACUGCAGCGCUGCAGCCUCCCUCCCUAACUCCAUCAGAUUACCCUGCAUUAAAGUCCACAUGGCAACCUGGAGAACCAAAUCCGUCCCGCAGCGCCGGGCAGAAGUCCUGCUUUCUCUGGGUUCUCUGCUGCAGGAUGUCCGGCGGGCCCGGGAUCAGAGCCAGUUGGGCUGUGGGCUGAACCUGCUGGAGCGUUUGGACCGCAGCAUCAAUAACUACCUGCUCGUGCUCACACACCUACACAAGCAGGUGAGCUAUUCAUCAAAGGAGCAGGAGGAGUCAGAGGGCACCGAGGCACCAGCCUGUUUGGGGCAGGACUCUCAGGAUUUGGGUCUGGUUCUGAAGCAUUUUGGACGCUUGAUCUCCGGGAAGCUGGAAUGGCUGGUUUUAGACAUGGCGCAGGCGUGCUAAAGACUAAUGAUCACGUCCAACUGUUUCUGUACGUCCACUUCCUCACAUUCCGCUUAGCCUGCCUCUGACAGACGGGUCCUUUCUUCACCAGCCUGGAGCCACCUUCCAGAAAAUGGAGGGCCAGACACACACACUCACACACACACACACAGGAUUCCUCAAGCUGCUGGAGCUUCAUGGGAACUGAUGGAAACACAGCACCAUCUACUGGAGCACAGGAGCACUGCAAUCACAGACUGAGUCAGGAUGACUCAUGAGACUAAAACAGACAUGACUCAAAGAGACCAACACCUACCAAUCUGUGCUUCACUGGACACUUUAUUAGAAACACCCUGCCUUUUAUCUCUAUACUGCUGGCCACUUUAUUAGAAACACCCUGCCUUUUAUCUCUAUACUGCUGGCCACUUUAUUAGAAACACCCUGCCUUUAUCUCUAUACUGCUGGCCACUUUAUUAGAAACACCCUGCCUUUAUCUCUAUACUGCUGGCCACUUUAUUAGAAACACCCUGCCUUUAUCUCUAUACUGCUGGCCACUUUAUUAGAAACACCCUGCCUUUAUCUCUAUACUGCUGGCCACUUUAUUAGAAACACUCUGCCUUUUAUCUCUAUACUGCUGGCCACUUUAUUAGAAACACUUUGCUUUUUAUCUAUAUACUGCUGGCCACUUUAUCAGAAACACUCUGCCUUUUAUCUCUAUACUGCUGGCCACUUUAUUAGAAACACUCUGCCUUUUAUCUCUAUACUGCUGGCCACUUUAUUAGAAACACUUUGCUUUUUAUCUAUAUACUGCUGGCCACUUUAUUAGAAACACUUUGCUUUUUAUCUAUAUACUGCUGGCCACUUUAUCAGAAACACUCUGCCUUUUAUCUCUAUACUGCUGGCCACUUUAUUAGAAACACUCUGCCUUUCAUCUCUAUACUGCUGGCCACUUUAUCGAAAACACCCUGCCUUUAUCUCUAUACUGCUGGCCACUUUAUUAGAAACACUCUGCCUUUUAUCUCUAUACUGCUGGCCACUUUAUUAGAAACACUUUGCUUUUCUGUGAG